AAUGUUCUUUUAAGACCAGAUAGGAGGAGCCUAGCCCCUAUGAGAUCAACAGAACAAUGCUGCUGACGACGCACGAUACAGUAACGACACGAGGGGUCAGGUUUCCGUGGAGUCGGUUGAGGGGGAAGGGGGGGGGGGGGGGGGGGGGGGGGGGAGGAAAGAGGGCGCAGGGGAGGAAGAAGCCGAGGGUGGCGAGGGACGGCUGUUGGAGCGCGAAAAGCGGUGACACGAGCAGCAGCGCCAUACAUGCUGCGUGGGCCGCCACCCAUGGCGCGUCGUGCCGCCGCGGAAGGGCAGCUGAGGGGAUGUCGUCGCAAUGCGUGGCAGCAGCGCAUGCCACUUGUUCCCCCAGUGGAGGGCCUUGUGCGUUCCGCGCUGAGCGCGCCGAGCAGUCCUUGUCCUCGGCUCCCAUGCGCUGUGCUUUAUUGUCUGAAGCCUCCGCGCAUGGUGGGUGUGGCGGGAGCAGCGCUUGGGUGACCAGCGAGGCUUCGAGGAAGACCAGGAUGGCGAGCGGGCCGGGGGGGUUGCCAAGGGAACCACCUAGAAUUGCCGCCAUAGUAAGUUACUAGUAUCCUGGCCGUUAGCAGCAGUAAAACUCAUGAGUGAAAAUAGAACGCCGGGUGGCAUGCUGAGCAAGCAAGCUAAACGCUACCAUAGCUGCCUCUUGCUGUGUGUGCUUCUUGCCUGCUUGCCUGGAUGUGAGGGUGAUUCCCUCCAAGAGCACCUCUAGACUCGCGAUGUGUGAGGCAAGGCAUUCAAGGAAUCACGCUUCUCUGAGCCCCUCGCUUCUCUGAGCCCCAUGCGCUUCGAGCACGACAGCAGCUCACAAUCCCACCAAGUGUGAU